AUGUGGGAGGAUUUCGCUCAGGACAGAACACAGUGGCGUAAUCACCUUUCCUGGUGGAUCCAGCAUUGGGUUCAGGAAGAUGCAGUGCCAAGCUUUGAGUAUCUACAGGAAAGGCAACCUGUGGUAGUCAGAACAAAGAAGAAGAUCCUUGAUUGCUUUCUUAGGCCUUCCAAAGACUUCACCGAGGUGCCCUACACUACCCCGUUCCAUGUCAUUACCCCAGGGAAGAUCAGUGGAGCUUUCAUCUGGACAAAGUCGUGCGACGGACGCUGUGCAGUUGCGGUUGCAAAUGGCAGAAGUGUGUCCAAAACCGUAGUGGUGCAUGUUCAUGCGGGUAACACGUGUCUAGACAUUGGAGCUUCUCUUUUACGCCUAUCCUUUAAAAUCAAGGCAAUCUUGGCGCUGAGAGGCAUUGAAGUCACGGUUUUCUGUGAAUUGGCACACCUGCAGAGAGCGGUUUUCCAUCGUCACGUCCCGUUGACGCUUCUCCCGGAAGCGACUGAGGCGCUCAAUCUCCUUGAUGGCCAGGGUAUUGCAUCCCUGAAACUGCCACCCAAGCCGAAAUCCGGGUCGGUGUGGCAAAGAAUGAUUAAUGAGGCCAUGGCCCUGGAAGACAUGUCAUUUGAUGUGGCAGAGUGUGGGAUCAUGGAACGUCAGCAGAUAUUUGAGGUGUGUAGGCGUCUGCUGCAAGAAUGUGAAGGCUCCUUCACUUGUGGCGCUUUCGUUCGUUACAAGACUGGCAUCCGCACACAGACGAAGGGCUUUCCGGAGACGGUUAGGUUGCUAGCUGCCUUCAUGCGUCGAGAAUUCCCUGGCAGUAAUUUCAUGGCUAUGCAGGUUCAACUUAAUCAGGAGCUGCAGCCGCAUAAAGACGUCAAGAACACGGCUCUUCCGACUUUGAUAUGUAACCUGUCGCCUGGUGCACCAGGGGGCACGUGGGUUGAGCACCCGGAAGGGACUAUUAGGAUGCUGUGUGCAGAUGGACUAGAGAGAAGAGGCCACAUCCUGUCGGGCACUGCGUACAAGCUCAGUGCCAGACAACUCUGGCAUGCGUCAGUCCCAGCAGGCUGUGAUCGAAUGCUGCUCAUCGGCUGGGUCCCUGCAGGAGGAGGGCAAGUGCAACUGCCUCUUGAGGACUUCGGCAUCUGCCGCAAGGUGCCAGGACUGAAGUGGGCACAAGGUGCUCUCAAGUACACCGAGGGAUUCGAGUCCUUUGUGUCCUGGGCGCGGGAUCUGGACGUGCCGACUCUGUCCGAUGUGUCAGAGUCUCUGGGUGGAUGGCGAGUCAUCUUUUGGGCCACUUUGAUGGCUGUUGUGUGGGUGAAUAUGGCGCGGCAGGUGUAUAAAGCACGCCUGCUGAUGGCCAGACUGCUGCACACGUGUGAGAUGCUUGACAAUCGCCUCACAAACCUGGAGACGAGUGGCCUGUCGAUGACACAAGAGGGGACUGGUGUGGCAGUCCCCCGAGAGAUACAACAAAUCCUGCGCGAAGUUUCAGGACAACACAAUGCCUUUCUGUUGGCAUGUGAAGAUGUGAGAAGCGUGCUUCUUACUGCCCAACAUGCCUGCGACAUGAUUGGUUCUCAGGACAAGACAGUUGACAUGCUGAGGUGUGAGCACGUCGCUUUGGUCCAAAGUCACGAAGCCAUGACCCAAGCGGUCAACCACCUCCUGGAUGCAACACAUGAUGGCCCGGCGCCCUCUGGCUCCCGAGGAGGUGACAAGGAAAUGAUGACGCUGCUAACUUCGUUGGUGUCUGGCAUGGAUGGCCUCAACAAACAACUGGCGGACAAACCCAAUGGAGUUACGGUGGCAGAGAUGAAGCCAGUCUGGCAGGCCAUCAAGGAUUUCGGGAACCAGCUGGAAGGGCUCCUCAAGCCUUUGCGGGAUGUCCUGAAGGACAUCAGCUCCAAGCAGGAGAAAACAGCGACGGCAGCCGAGUCCACGCUGACGGAGCUUAAACAAAGUUUCGGGUCCAAGGACCUCCAGCACGUUCUGGAUGCCACUAAGGGGGCACUGGAGAAGCUACGUGGGGACUUUGACAGGCUGGAGCAGCUCACGCGUGCAAAGAGCACGUCUAUCUUUGAGGAAGUGGGCAUGGUCAAAGGCCAAGCGAACAGCCUCCACACGACGUCGCAUGGACUGCUCAGGAAGCUGGAUAAAGUGUGUGAAGGCCAGGACACCAGGCUCGAAGGCAUUGCGGGGGGCAUUUCGCAAUUGGGCAGUGCCUUUGCUCGGCUCCCAGCAGCAGAUGCGGGGGUCUUCCAGAGGAUGUUGGAUCAGCUGAUGGCGCAGGCGGAGAUGAUCAAGGAGCAAGAGCAAUCUCUGGCCAGCACUAAAGACCUUGGGGAAGUCAGUGAGAAGAUUCAAGAGCUCAGGGAUAAGUACCAUGAGCGGCUGCCCUACCGCCAUCCCCCCCCGGAUGACAACAGGCCCCAGCCACGAGUGAUCGAUUUGCAGAGCCGCGUCCCAAUGAACAGGGGGCCGGUUCUGUCGGCACCGACGGUCACGAUGGGACCGGGUCUCGCCACUGUCACCUUCAGUGAUGGUAGCCGAACAGCAGUUCGCGAUGAGGAGCUUAGACCCUUCUUCGGCUGA